GAUGAUGAAGAUGUGGUGGCUUCUUCUCUUGCUCUUCUUUGUGCAACUGUGUUCAAGUUUAGCCCAGGAUGUGCAGAGCGACUAUCUAGACCCCCACAAUGUGGCGAGGUCUCAAGUGGGCGUAGGCCCUCUGGUGUGGGAUGAUACUGUGGCUACCUAUGCUCAGAACUAUGCUAAUCAACGCAUUGCAGACUGUGCUUUGAUGCAUUCUGGGGGUCCCUAUGGUGAAAAUAUUUUCUGGGGAAGUGGUAGGGAAUUCACUCCUGCAGAUGCCGUGAAUGCAUGGGUUGAUGAGAAGCAAUAUUAUGAUUAUGAUUCAAAUUCAUGCGCUCAAGGGCAACAGUGUGGGCAUUAUACUCAAGUGGUGUGGAGAAAUACGCAGAAGCUUGGGUGUGCUCGUGUCAAAUGUGAUAGUGGUGCAAUUUUCAUUACCUGCAAUUAUGACCCACCUGGAAAUUUUAAUGGCGAGAGGCCAUACUUGACAUCGCCCUUCACUUCCGUUUCCUCUUUCUAAGUAUUUGGCUCUCAAUAAGCCAUUUUGAUCUCUUAUCAUCAGGGAAUGAUGUUUAUCAUCAGUGUUUUGGUUUGUAAUUUGCUUGAAUUAAUAGCUAUCGUGCAGUUUGUCUUUGAUCAGUUGUUGUAAUUAGAAAAUGUUUGGUGUUUAUCAUCGUCUGGGUUUGUAAUUUGCUUGAAAUAAUAGCUAGCGUGCGGUUUGUCAUUGCCCUAUUCAGUUGUUGUAAUUAGGGCUACCAC